GAAGGUCGCAAUCGAGGGGGAAUCUGUUCGACGUGUUUGACGCAGCGCCGGAUCAACGAAAUUCCAUGGCCGAUCGCUAUCACAGCCUUGUUUCUGCAAGCAACUAUCUCAACUGGUCACAACAUGAUCCUUUUGAUGACGGCCCGAAAACUCCCCAUAUUAUCUGAAGAGGACUGACAUAUAUUGGGGCUGUUGAAGAUAUCAAACAAACUACGGCCGCGUCAUAGAGGACCAGAUUUCCUAUGAAUGCACCGCACGCUCACUCGCAUAUACAUGGAAGUUCUAGCGGUCUGCUAAGACUCGUCUGACAAGACGACUUGUCGUGACGGUGUCCUUCCGACAAGACACCCCCUUGCUGCGACAGAUAUGCGUCUUUACGCAAUCUCUGAUCUGCAUAUCACUUAUAAGCAGAACAAGGAAGCUCUGAGUGAACUGAAGGCUCAUCCAGACGACAGCUUGAUCAUUUGCGGAGAUGUGGGUGAACGAAUUGAACAUCUGCAAGAAGCCUUCGAAGUCACCACGAGGCUCUUCAAACAAGUCUUCUGGGUCCCGGGAAACCACGAAUUGUACACUUUGCCAGGUAACAAGGCCGAAGAUGAGGAGUUGGACCAUGAACUUAAGGGAGAGUUCAAGUAUCGAGAGUGUCUAAGGGUCGCCAACGAACACGGCGUCAUCACCCCAGAGGAUGAAUUCGUCAAGUGGGAUGGAGAAGGAGGACCCUGCCUUAUUUGUCCCAUCUUCACAUUGUAUGACUACAGUUUCAGACCUUCCCAUGUAACAAGGGAGAAUGCCCUUGACUGGGCCAUGGAAGAGAACGUCUACGCUACCGACGAAGCGCUGCUGCAUCCAGAUCCUUACGAGUCGCGGGACGACUGGUGUGAACAGCUCGUGAUUAAGACGGAGGAACGCCUCAAGCAAGCCGCCGAAAGAAACAUUCCGUUGAUCAUCAUCAAUCACUGGCCACUGCGUGAGGACUUGAUCACGAUACCGAGUAUCCCGAGGUUCAGUCUGUGGUGCGGGACGAAGAAGACGGAAGACUGGCACACGAGAUUCAACGCGAAAGUCGUGGUGACUGGGCAUCUUCAUGUCCGGAGGACUGACUGGAUUGACGGAGUACGAUUCGAGGAAGUGAGCCUGGGAUAUCCACGACAGUGGCAGGCUGCGAAGGACAGAGGUCUCGACAUCAAUGAUCUACUGAGGGAGAUCUUGCCUGGAAUUCCAGAACCAGAAGACAAAAGAACAGUAUGGAGGCGCUCGGGAGUACCUGCUGAUAAUGUGAGCAAGCUGGCUACCUGAGGCAAGUCAACGAGCCUGUAUGCUUUACCAGCAAUGAGGAAGCAUGCGGUAUGAGAAGCUAAUG